UCCAAAGCAAUCGGUCGGUGAAGGGUCUUGUGGGUCAUGGAGCAGGAAGGUAAAUAGAAAAGCGGGGCGCUAAGAGAGCACUCAGCGGUCGGUGUCGGACGGUUGCUGGGAACACAUUUGUUCCGACUGGACUCUGGUGCAGAAACGGGAGCCAGGGGGGAAGGCGGGAGGACACACACAGACCGGAGCAAAGCGACUGUUGUUCGGCUACAGCACAGGAGGAGCUGUCGGCGUUUUUAGGCGGCGUGGUCGGGUUUGCCUCAUCCUUGUGUUGCCAUGGCGAUGCGGGAGUUGGUGGAGGCAGAAUGUGGGGGAGCCAAUCCCCUCAUGAAGUUGACCGGUCACAUGACCAAAGAAGACGGGGCUUGGCGGCACCGUGCAACACCAACAAUUGCUCCCACACCCAUUGAAAUAGCAACAGAAGAAGAGCUGGUAAAUGAGUUCCUUCAGGCCCCCCCACGACCCCCCCACACCUUUGACAUGGGUCAGCUGCUGGAGGAGAUGCAGCAGAUUGACCAGCAGAGCUACAGACAAGCUCCACAAAGAGCUCCAGAUGUGGCGGCGCUGGCCCUCUCGGGUGACUGGGCAGCCGAGUUCCUCUCAGGUUCCUCCGACCCGGCUGCCACGUCGGGGCUGAAUGCUCUCGGCGAUGCGGCAGAUGCUGAUUGGACGAGAGAGUUUAUCGCUGAGGCCGCAGACCCUGGACGCUGGGCAGAGGAGUAUCUGGAGCAGUCAGARGAGAAAUUGUGGCUGGGGGACCUUGGAGACAAGGAGAGUGAAUGGACAAAGGAGUAUCAGCCUGAAGAUGAGCUGCGACAGACGGCCAAUGAGCUCGUCUCAAAGGUCGAUGACCCCAAGUUACAAAACACAGAGUUCCUGCGAUUCAUUAGGCAGAUUGGCGAGGGCAGUGUGACAGUGGAGAGCAGAACAGACAAACAGCUCACAGAUAAAGUUCAGGCCCAGGAGGCUCAGAACUGGGCCUCCAACCUCAACCAGGUGUCGGAGGAGUCGGCUGAAGCCUGGGUAGAUGAGUUCACUGCAUCUGGACCGGAUUUUCAUCAAGCCAAGGCUGCGGUGGAGAGUGAUGUGGAUUUCUGGGAGAAGCUGCAGCAGGAGUGGGAGGAGAUGGCCAAGAGAGACGCAGAGAGUCAUCCCUGGCUGUCGGACUACGAUCAGCUGCUCAGCUCCUCUUACGACAAGGGGUAUCAGUUUGAAGAGGACAACCCCUACAUAUCCCACCCGGACCCCUUUUCAGAAGGACUGAAGAGGAUGGAGGCGGGGGACAUUCCUGGAGCUGUUCGCUUCUUUGAAAGUGCUGUGCAGAAGGAACCAGACAACCAGCUGGCUUGGCAAUAUCUGGGUACAUGUCAGGCAGAGAAUGAGCAGGAAUUUGCAGCAAUCAGCGCCCUCCGCAGGUGUAUAGAGCUGAAGAAGGACAACCUGACCGCCCUGAUGGCGUUGGCCGUCAGCUUCACUAAUGAGUCUCUGCACAGGCAGGCCUGUGAGACUUUACGUGACUGGCUGAAGCACAAUCCUAAAUACCAGUCCGUGUGGGAGCAGCAUGAGAGCGAGCGUCAGAAAGAGACCGUCAGAGACGGGGAAAAAGAAAAGGAGAGGUUCGGGUCGUUGUUACCAGAAUCUUUGUUUAAUGAUGUCCAGAACCUGUUCCUACAUGCAGCCAACUCCGACCCAUCGCAGGUGGACCCCCAGCUGCAGUGUGGUCUGGGGGUUCUUUUCAACCUUAGUGGAGAGUACGACAAGGCGGUGGAUUGCUUCAGUGCUGCUCUGUCUGUCACUCCUCAGGACUACCUGCUGUGGAAUAAACUGGGAGCUACGUUGGCCAACGGAAGCCGCUCAGAGGAGGCCGUGGCCGCCUACAGGAGAGCUCUGGAGCUGCAGCCGGGUUUCGUCCGCAGCCGCUACAACCUGGGAAUUAGCUGUGUAAACCUAGGGGCACACAGAGAGGCAGUGGAGCACUUCCUGGAAGCUCUGUCUCUCCAGCGCCAGGCUGCAGGCGACGGGUCCAGAGCUGCAAGAGGACCCGGAGGAGCGGCCGCCACGGUGAUGUCCGACAACAUCUGGUCCACUUUACGCAUGGCCCUAAGCAUGAUGGGAGAGAGCGCUUUGUACUCCGCAGCCGACCGACGGGACUUGGACACGUUGCUGGCUCAUUUYAGCCACAGAGAGGGCGACGUUGGAGCAGAAUGAGGACCAGCCAGGGGAGAGUUCAUAGAGUGUGAAUGUGUUUUGCUGGGAGGGAAAUGUUUGGACGACCGACGUAUGGCAAGUGCUGGUAAUGAUUUGUAAGAACUGAUGGAGGAAGACACUGUGAUACCCUUGUCAUCUUCAUCAUGAGAUUAUGUUUGAAUCGGCACUAAUGCAGUAUUAGUUUCCACCUGGAAGAAGACAGUGUUUCAUUCAUGCUGCUGUUUUAAAAAUAAGGCAGUCCUUAUGUUUUCCUCCUCUCUGGUCAGGAGGUUGGAUUGGAUGUAUGUCACUUUGACUGAAGCAAAGUUAAAAGAAGAAAGUAAACAAGAYGGAGAAUCAUGUACAUCCUUUAGUAGUCAGUGAGGUUUGUGUCGGCUCACUCUGCACUCCCUCUGUUCUCGUUAMACAUCAGUACAUUUUAGUGGAUUAAAGGUACUGCCUUUCUGUAUGAUUAAAGGAGUACUGCUUUUCACCAAGAAGUGCUCAUGAAGAAAAGCAGUUCUAGAGAGUAACACAAAUAAAAAGUGCUGCAGUUUUGUUUUUUAGUAUUUUAUUUAAUUGUUUAGUGAUCAAUAAUCUGCCAGGACAGCGAACUGAUGACCAGCAGGACUGUUACUGUUAUGAAAUGAGUGUGUGUGAMUGUGUGAGUGUGUGAGACUCAGUUGUGUGUUUGUUGGUAAAAUGGUACCUGAUGAUUAAGAAUAAUUUUCCAGGCUUUUCUCCCUUUUGCUUUUUUUCACAUUGUUCUUGUUAAACAAACAUUUGCUCCACUGCAAAAUAAAGUUUAUGCCAAUCUUCGUAUUGUAACAUAAUUGAUGCACUACAGUUGUUUUCAGGCUACAAUGUAUAAAGUAAUACUCAGCAAUAAAGCUUUGAUUCCAAACAUCUGCUGGGGAGUUAUUUUUAUUGUUUUUUUAUUUAACAAAACUACCUUGUUACCAUAAAAAAUUGACAAAAAUAAGGUUUAGAAAAAUGCUAUUUGCAGACAAAGGUUUCAUAGUAAAGAUGCAGAACGUGAAAUAGGAAACAUUCUUGAAAAUAAUUGCUGUACUGUUUUUAUUUGAAAUAAAGACAUGCCUACUUUUUUAAUUUGGAAAGGUAUUUUGUAUUAGUAAAGCUAUAAAAUUGACCAUGUAAAAGAUUAUGCUUUUGCAAGUCGCAGUCGUUAUUUCUUAAGUUUAUUUUUUUGUUUUUCUCAAAAUGAAUAAACACAUUUUAACUGA